GUGGACCUGCUACGAUCACCCUUACACCUGGGAGUGUGUCUCCCUCUUUAUAAGCUCAACGUGAAGAGAGUCCACAUCAUCAAAGUGACUGUUGACCCAAAUGAGUGCACGUCCUGUCAUUUCCGCUCAUCCCAAAGAGAACACGGGUCAGAAUGGAGUGAGCAGAGUGCAGCUCCAGGGUAGUGACAGUGGCAGCGUACAGCAAGUCCCGCAACUCCAUCCACUCAGCCCCUCGGGGGCUGGCAAGGCCAUGGCACCCAGCAAACAGAACAAGAAGAGUGUGAGCUACAACAAGGAGAGCGAAGAGUACCGACAGCGUCGGGAACGCAACAACAUGGCUGUGAGGAAGAGCCGAUUAAAGAGUAAGCAGAAAGCUCAGGACACGCAGCAGAGAGUCAACGAGCUGAAGGAGGAGAAUGAGCGGCUGGAAGCAAAAAUCAAGCUGCUCAGCAAGGAGCUGAGCGUCUUAAAGGAUUUGUUUCUCGAGCAUGCCCAUAAUUUCUCUGAUAGUGGGCACCCACCAUUCACUGAAAACACUGGCUCUGGGCAGGAGGCUAACAGCCUAGGGCAGUAGACAGGGAGGUGGGUGUCAACUGUGCCCAUAUUUUUGUGGAAAGGGGUUUUUCUUUGAAUUGUCUAUUUUAAUUUAAGUUUUUAAGAUGCAUAUAUUUCUGCUAUUGGUAAGAGCAUUACGUUCAGUGAUUCUGUGUUUGGAGAGUAUUCAGAGUUCUGAGAGCGGAGAAAAGCAGCAGUUUACAAAAUGGACUCCACAGAAACUAAAAGUGCCCUCAACAGUCACUGACGUCACCAGUGCUGAUUCAAUGCAGGAGAUGCUCCAUCUAGCUGCUGGGGUCUCUCCCCAACCCCUUUGCUCCUCUCUUCAGUUCUCUGUCUGUUGACGUUGAGCUGUGAUCUUGUAGAAAAGACUGUGGGUUUCCAAUAUCAAACUUGCUAAGCGGCAGUUUCACUGUGUUUAUUUCAUUGGUUCGGGGAGUAGAGUGCUGGAAUGUCAAGGUCUGGUACUGAGCAUGGGUCUGUUGACUUGAGAAAUGUUGUUUAAACAGCUAGUAGCAAUACCCAGCAGAAUCAGAAACGUAAACGCACAUUAAUAUUGUGGGUAGUCCAUUUAUCACACGCUCAGGAUUUGAAUGGGUUGCAGGGGGGUUUGAGAGAUCCAACAAGCCUGUGGAAUUUUGAAGUCUGACAGAGGCAGGUGGGAUUUGCUGUGCUUCUUGCCUGAAACACUAGCCUUGCUAUUAUUUUUCUCUCUGGUUUGCUGGCUGUUUGGUUUUCCCUUCAGUUUCAGAUGGCAGCACUGUUGCUUACUUUAGAGGAGUGCACUGAUUCUGUUCCAGAGAAUCUCAUCAGGGCAAUUUCAGAAUUUGUGUUCAGUUUUAAAAAGUAGAUAACAGAACAAGGGAAGUAGUUUUGAGCCAAUUUGCACUGUUUAAAUGUUGCCUCCUCCUUGGGACUGCCUCUAUUGCCUUGCUUCCAUCCAGAUCAACAUUCCAGAGUCUGGAGUUAAUCACAGUUUCUGAUCACAGUCUCCUGCUCAGCAAUCCUUCACUCUCGUUUCCUGCCUGUCUCUAUUCUUUUUGUUGCUGGGAAUCACUGUGCCCCUUUCUCACCCACCUCACCUUCCCCCAUUGCUGCUCUUCACUGGCCUCAUUCAUGACUGUGAGGCAGCAACGAGGGAGAUCCCAUUGGAUUGGAAUCUGUCAUUUUUGUGCAGUUGCCUGGCACUGCACUGUAGCUGCUGACAAACACUGUGCCUGUGAUAGACUGCUCGAGCCUCAAUCUCCAUUUCUCAUUACGUUACAUUCACAGUUGUUUGCAAGGUUGCAUUGUGGAGUGUUCCCAGCUGUUACACGUAUAGCUGUUAUACGUCUAUAGAAGUUCUUUGCACAUUUGCCUUAGCCGUUCUAUUUAAUAGAAUAUUCUGGCUGCUGAAUUGCAAGAGGCAGGUCUCAGAAUAUAAUCCUCUUGCACAUCUCUCUUGUUUAUUACCUGCUGUGUAGCCCUCACUAAAAGAAUUUGCACAAAUGUCUCAAUACAAAGAUUUCAUGCACACAUUAUGAUUUCUUUAAACUGCAUUGGGCCCAGUAAUAUCCUGCAAACAACAAUGAGGUGAAUGAGUUGUCUUGGUUGAGGUGAGAGUCCCCUGAUUUUCUGUGAAUAAUACCAGAGAAUUCUUUCACAUCAAUCACUGAAAAAGUGGGCCUCCAUUUUUAACAUUUUAUCUACACCUUUCAAACUUGGAACUGCUACCAUCUAGAAAGAUGAGGGCAGCAAAUACAUUCCUGCAGUACACAGUAAUAUUCGGAAAAUAAACACUCCAUUUAUUCCAAACCCAAUGCAAUGUAAUGCUCAGAGCUGGGCAUGGUUUCAGUUGGGCUUUGAACAGCUGAAGCAUGACAUUCAGUCCUUGUAUUCUAGUCUCAAGUUAUAAAAGUCAGCAUUUCAAUUACCUGUUUCAAUAUUUCCUUUAUCUGCUCAUAACAUUUUAAUGAUUUAUCAACAUGAGCUGUGUCAUUCCUAAUUGUUUCCAGCUUUCCAUCAUUUUGAGAAUCUCCUGUUCUUUUCAUUUUGGGUUUAACAUGGAUGAGCUGACGAUUCAGACUAAUUUCUCUCUGCUUCCAGUGCUGCCUACCUUUGUGUCAUGAUCAAAUCUGUUGACAUGACCUUCUACCGCCAUUACCAAACCCCGUUCUGAUCACAGUGAAGAGCUGAGGCCACUAGUUCCUGCAGGAAUAGCUCAUCAGCUUCCUUCCAAUCAUAAUAUAUUGUCAAUCCUCCCUACUCUGGCUGUUGGCCAAUUUCCCAACCAGGUCAAUAAUUUAUCUUCAAUUUCAUGAGCUUCAACUUUAGCUGGGUCUCUUAUGAGGAACUUUAUCAAAUGUCUUCAAGAUGUACAGUGCCUGUAGACAUUAACCUUCCACUACUUUAGAACGACCUCUUCAAGCAACUAAAUCAGGUUAGUCAGGUAUGACUGUCCAUUUCAAAUCCUUGCUGGUUCUGUCAGAUUAGCUGUUCCGUGUGAUUUCAAUCACCUUGCCUCGAAUUCUAGACUUGAGUAAUUUCCUGACAGCUGCUUUCAGGAAACUCUGGGCUGGAAUUCCUUGGUUUCUAUUCUUCUUUCCCAAAUAGCAGAGUGACUUGUGCAAGUUUUCCAAUCUAAAGGAAAAUUGGAGAACACUUUUAAAGGUUAUAAUUGGGGCAAAAUGAAAGAAAAUAGAUACGAAGGAAUAUUCAUUAUAGAAUGUCUGUUCUCCUUUCUAUUAGAAGUCAGACUUUUUUAAAAAAACUAUAGUGUCCUAAUUUUCCAGCAUGUUUAUGAAUCAAUUUUUAAGCUGUAAUUCAAAGCAGCAAAGGAUAUUGGAAAGUUGAGGGGUUAAAUGCUGUGUCUUUGCUGAAUGUGCCACAGUAUUUUUAUGCUUCUAGAAUGAAUGACUGUUACGAAACUUUUAGUGAAAUUAUUGCAUCUUUUUUUAAAAAAGUCCAGCUUUAAGAUGGAACACAUUUUAUCUAUAAUAAUAGGAAGAUGUGUUUUCUAAUGUACUGAUGAAAUAUUUGUGUGUCUCUGUAUGGGGCCCUAUGAUAAAAUUAUGUUGCUAUAUAUGAAAUUCUUUUUAAAUCUUGUUGGAAAGGUAAACCCUGUACAUUUUCUGCUGCAUUAAGGGGAAUCUUAUGGUUGUUGAGAAAUGACAUUUUGUAAAGACAGUUAUUGAAUAAGUAUUGUACAUUUUAUAAAUGUCCUGCCUAUUUUCAGCUUGCUGAUUAGUUUCUCUUCAGUUGUGGAUUGAGCAGAGCCCAAUGCUGUUCAUUGUUGAGUUGUUUGAUGAUGGAGACAAAUGUUUCCUUCACACUAAGUGAAAUGAAGGUUGUAGAAGUAGAUAUUCUCCCCCUCGAAAAAAACACUGCUUGCUCUGAAUUCACUGACAUUUGCAAGAGGACAGCCAUCAAUGUACUAAAACUCCUUUUAUAUUUUAAAAUACAGGACAGGCCCUGUGCUCAUGCUGUGUACUAUGUUGAAGUUUAAAGAGUGUGAUGUAUGGAUAUGACUGGAUUUGUCAGGAUUGGAAUUCUACUUGCAGCCUUCGCGUGCCCUUACUGUACCUGAAUGAGCAGGAAUCCUGGGAAACAAUGAUGGAUGUAGUUAGAGGGCAGCGGACAGAAAGGAUCAGGCCAUGCUGAAAGGUUGGUCAAGUUAAGACGAGGGCUGUGUUGUUCGAGGAUCCCAAGGGCUGCAUAGGAGAAACCUACCAACCACAGCACAGUGUUAACAGUGAAGAUAGAGGAAGUAGCAGGGCCCAGGAGAAUGUGUCCUGUGUAUCAAAGUGUCAGUUUGUUUUUUGGCGAUAGGUCGUUUUAGAUUUGAACUGAGGGAACCACUUACAAGGAGUGAGAUGCCUCAGGCACUUUUGGAAUGUUUUCUCAAAAUCACCAUUGAACAGCAAAAACGAUGACCUGCUGUGUCAAAUGCAGCAAUUCAGCCAAACAACAAAGCAGUAAGCAGAGAGGCUGCUGCUCCUGACAUCCCUCCUGCACUCUCAUCACUGACACUGCCACUCAUUGAAUCUUCUUGUACGGCCCAAGAGCAUUUGAUCCUACCAUAGACUCUAUUCCCCUUCCCAUUUGAACUCCUCCCACAGGUUCUGAACAUUCUCCCACACAGAGUUUCACCCCUUCGUACUCCACAUUCACCAAAAACAUUUCCAGAAUAUUGAGACAACAAGGUGCAGAGCUGGAUGAACACA